CCUUAACCUUGAACUUCUACCCAGAAGACAUGACCCUGACCAUAUUUAGUCGCGCUCGCGACGUGUCAAAGCUGCCUCAGCUAUCACCCCCACUAUGAACAGCCACCAGUGCAAGCAGUGCGGCAGCUGCUUCGCCCGUCAGGAGCACCUCAAUCGCCACGCACAGUCACACACCAACGUCCGGCCUCACGCGUGUCCGGAGUGCGACAAGAGCUUUGCCCGUCUCGACGUGCUGCGUCGCCACGUAGCUUCGCACGCCGCGGCACGGAUGCAGCAGGCCUCCAAUGGAGACGGUUCCCCGUGUGUACCCCGAGCCUGCAGGCAGUGUGCCGCGAGUCGUGUUCGAUGCACACGCGAACAGCCAUCCUGUCGACGAUGCGACAGUCGAUCCCAAGCAUGUGUCUACCCACCGAGAACGAGACGCAAGAGUAGCGCAGCCACCUCGCGAGCGCGUGCGUCUCCGAAUGAGGCUGCCUCGCAGGCGUCAGUCACAGCUUCACCAGGACGAACAACCAGCCUCGACAAUGUUGGCUAUGGGGGGCAGCAAGGGACUUUUGACGAGGUGAAUUACGGCUGGGAGACUUGGAAGAAUAUGGAGGCACCGCCUCAGGCAGGGAUUUUUGACCCCUUGGCUGGUCUGUCCAUGAUCAACUGGCUGUCGCCUGAGACUGCGGUCAAUGUCGACUGGACAACGUGGACGAUACAACCGACCGACAUGGACAUGGGGACGGUAGCCGCGCCAGCUAUUGCAGACGGCACAUUUGGCAGUAACGGGCAUGGCAUGGAUAUUUGCGACGAGCCGUUUCGAAACGCCAUGCUACAAGUACCUCCAUCACCGCCGCCGCCACCGCAGCAGCAGGCAUUGCUACCACCCUCGUCGCCACCUCAACCGCCACAGUCUUCACAGGCGAGGGACUCGGUUGCCAGCGUGCCACUCCAACCUGCCUCAGCCUCUUCUACACCCACUGAGCCAGCAUUAUACGUGGAGGGCGCGGCAGGACGCCUUCCUUUCAAGGGCCGAGGAGCGCAACACCCUCCAGCCCAAGAUGCUGCUGAGUGCCUCGUAUCUCCCGACGAGCAUGCCUCUGCCGAGAACACUGUCGACACCGAGCCAGCUGCGGCUGUUCUGUCUGAAGCAGCGUACGCCAACCUAGUGCACCACGUGCAGUCCGACUUUGCGCAUCUUGCCCUCGCGCUUCCGCCGAUCGAGUGCGCGCAGGCGUUGCUCCGGCUUUAUUUCCGCACGUUUCACGUGUCGUGGUCGUUUCUGCCAACGUCUUUGCCGUACUAUGAGCGCCCGUUGCGAUGGCCGACUCUACUUGCCCUCGUCACUGUUGGCGCUCGUUAUGUGGCCGGGGCAGAGGGGGUCAUAUGUAAAGAUGAUCUGGCAAUGUUACUAGACGCAGUGACUUUGAGUUUGCUGGAGGCCGACCAUGUCAUCAACUCCGAGACAGCGCUGGACGCCGCAUUGUCGACCGUACAGGCUUCGAUCCUGAGCAUUAUCUGCUUGAUCAAUAAUGGCAGUGCUGCAGCGUUUCGGAGGGGCAAAACAAAGUUGUAUGCCGUCGUGGAGCUCUGUCGCAGCAUGAGCGAUAGGAGUGAAUGGGAUGCAAGUCAGGAGGCACGGAGAGCGAGCUUGAUGGUCUGGAUGCUGGACACGCACAUUUCCUUCAUGUUCUCAAGCGAACCAUUGCUUCGUCUAGUGGAUGCGGAUGGAGAGAUCCCCUCGCCUCGGGAUAGCAAAGCAUUGGACUCCGCCCCCAUGACUGUGCCUACGGCCUUGGAGAUUCUGUACAUGGAGAAAGGCCUACCCCCGAACCUGGACGACUUCAGUACCAAUGUCAUCAUCUGCGCCAUACACCGCCGCACCAAGGAGACCGUUGUCCAUCACCAAUCCCGCCUCUCCUCCUGGACGCCCACCGCGCGGGUGCAACACCCACCGCAACGAGGAACGCCCUCGGAUAAAUCGAGUAGGACACGGGAUGACCAUGUGCGCCCGGGGUCUGCUUCGAGGCCUCGUGAGGAGACUUGGCCCCCGUCACUGCCGAUCUUGUCCAAGUGGCGCAAUGCGGCCUGCGACUGUCUCGACAUCUUACAUUGGAGCGCCAACAGCAUCGUCGCCCGGAAUGGUGGCUGGGAGCAUCCCGUCGUCCUGAGCCUGCACCUCUCCCGCCUCAUGCUGCUUACCCCAUCGCGCCAGCUGCAGCACAUGGCCUCGUCGCCCCCGGAUGUCGGGCGGACAAGGGAGGCGUGGGGUGUCGUCGCCCAAUGGGCCCUGGGCGACCAGUACAAGGCCAGGCUCUCGGUGGUGCAUGCGGGCGCGCUGCUCUGGCACAUGAGACGCUGCCGGACUGGUGGCUUCCUCGAGCCCUUUGCACUGUACAUGGCCACGCUUGUUCUGUGGGCAUACAGCUCCAGCCUCCAGCUGCCCAUCACCAGAGAGGCAUGGGACAAUGGUGGCUCGAACUUGACGACCCCACCGGGCCGUGACUCGAGAGACAGCGUCGACCCUGAUCCUACCUUUCUACAUCUAGAUCGCCCACUGGACGAUGAGCUGGUCCAGACCUUUGUCAAGCGAGGCUCCCAGAUGGCGGGUCAUCUCACUGGCGUGGGUGACAUUCGCUCUAAAGGCGCGGCUAGCAAGAUUCUGCGAAUUGGCGUGCGCAUGCUGCCGGAUGGACAUGGACUCCAGCAGCGCCUGGACCUGGGCCGUGACCACGCACGAGCCCGGGAGAGCGCGGCGGGGGCCGGUCCAAGUCCACGAGCAACGCAAGCAGAUCGAAUCUGGGGAAUUGAGUCUGUCUAUGCGGAGAGGCUACAGCGCCUGAUUCAGCCGUCGGAUAAUUGAAUGGCAUGACAAUACCACCGGACGUUGCGUUUCUGUUUCGCGGUGGGCUGUAUUGGAUGUCUGGUUCUCCGAUGGGGGUGGAGUUCACCUUUUCCCCCGAACCAGUCUGGUCCCCCCGUGGGGACGUGAGCCACCCAUCACCUGUACCCCGGAU